GAAGGUCACUCAUCAGUGAACAAAACUAAAUAAAAAAUAUCCCUUUGGAAAAUAUGGCUGAGUAGUGGAAACCAUUAACACAGGUUUACCAAAACAACAAAAAUCUCUUCGCGAGAAUUGUUAUGCAAAUUAAACCUAUCGGAAUAGCUCGAUACGUGUUUGGUUUAGUUUCUCCAGGCAAACAAUCGUCGUUUACCAACACCUGCAGUUCCCAGUUUCUUGUUGUUAAUAGUCGGAAACCGCAGCUCUAGACAAGUGCGAAAAUCGAAUCAGUGGCAGUGCAAUGAACAAACUGAAAUCCAGCACGCACCGCGAUAAGGUGAAGAAGUUCAUAUCGCUGACACACACGGGCGAACAGACGGCUAUAUUCUGUUUGCAACAGAACGACUGGAAAUUCGAGUUGGCCAGCGACAAUUACUUCCAGAAUCCGGAGUACUAUUACCGGGAGUUGGAUCGCAAGCGCAUCGAACAGCUAUUCAUGCGCUAUCGGGAUCCCAGUGACCCCCUGAAAAUCGGAUCGCAGGGUGUCAUUCACUUCCUGGAGGAUUUGGACCUUAAGCCAGACUCAAAACUGGUGCUCAUCAUAGCGUGGAAGUUUCACGCCGAGGUACAGUGCGAGUUCUCGCGGGAUGAGUUUAUCAAUGGGAUGUGCGACCUGGGCAUUGAUAGCAUCGACAAGCUGAAGGCGAAACUGCCCAUCCUUGAGCAGGAGCUGAACGAUGCCGGCAAGUUCAAGGACUUCUACCACUUUACCUUUAACUACGCCAAGGAUCCGGGGCAAAAGGGUAUUGACCUAGAAAUGGCCAUUGCCUACUGGUGCAUCGUUCUUAGUGGACGCUUUAAGUUCUUGGACAUCUGGUGCCAGUUCCUCGAGGAGAAACACAAGCGGGCCAUCUCGCGAGAUACGUGGAACCUGCUGCUCGACUUUGCCACCAACAUCGACGAUCGGAUGAGCAACUACGAUUCGGAGGGUGCCUGGCCGGUUCUAAUAGAUGACUUUGUGGAGUGGUGCCAGGAGAACGAUCAUCUCAAGGAGGACUCCCCGCUAGGAUCCGGCUUCCAGCAGCAGUCCAGUGCCAGCUCCAGCUCCCAGAAGAACAUAUCCAGCGCCUACCAGACCUCGCACAGUACAAACAUGAACUAUGGCUAACGAAUUGUUACACUGUAUUGUAUUCUCAUUAAUGAUAGAUUUGCUUUUAUUCUGAUUAUUCUAAAUAACGGAGAAUCUAAGCAAGGCCGGUAAAUUUACAUUUUCUCUAUAAAAGCGUCAUAAAAAAUAAAUAAAGUUAGUAAAUGUA